CUACUUACAGCUAAUGCCCACUUCUUCUCUUUAGAAUUAUAAUUAAUCUCUUUUUUCUCUUUCUUUCUCUCUCUCUCUCCAUCAGACAAGAAACAGUUCAUUUGGAGAUGAUUGUUCUGAAUGCCUAGAGAAGGUCUAAAAGCGACAGCUUCAGAAAAAUCUGUACUAUCGAAUACACACACAACAAUGUCUAUGUCUAUGUAUACCCAUCAUCUCUCUAUGCACUGAUUGUGAAAGAAAGCCGCACGCACGCAACGUUUACAUCCAUGUCGACGACGACGACAUCGUUUAGCCCUUCGCGGAGCCCUGCUAGUUCCAGGUUGCAGUUGGGCAACGUCUCUAGGCUGAGAUCUUCCUCCUUGAAGAAGCCGCCUGAGCCUCUCCGCCGCGCUGUCGCCGAUUGUCUUUCUCCUUCAGCUCCUUCUCAUCACGGUGGCCCCUCAGCCGUUGCCUCUGAAGCUUCCAGAACUCUCCGGGACUAUCUUGCAGCUCAGGCAACGAUUGAUUUGGCCUACAGCGUAAUCCUGGAACACACACUUGCUGAGAAAGAACGCAGCCCAGCCGUUGUUGCACGAUGCAUUGCUCUUUUGAAAAGAUAUCUUUUGAGGUAUAAACCCAGUGAAGAGACGUUAAUACAAAUUGACCGCUUUUGUAUGAGUAUAGUUGCAGAAUGUAAUAAUAGCUCAUACAGAAGAUCAUCUCGAUAUGCAACACAAGAAAAUGGGGCAACAAUACCAUCUAUAACUUCAACUCAUUUGCCUGUAUCAAGUUUUUCUCCUGGGACUGCAUUUGUAAAGUCACUAAAUUAUGUUCGUUCUCUAGUGGCUCAGCAUGUCCCAAAGCGGUCAUUUCAACCAGCAGCAUUUGCUGGAGCACCAUCAAGGCAAUCACUUCCAUCUUUGUCUUCUUUGUUGAGCAAAUCUUUUAACUCACAAUUAAAUCCUGUAAACAAUAAAGAAACCUCUGAGACCAAAGAAACAUCAUCACUAUCUGUUUCAAAGACGCCUAUUGCUGAAGAAGUUGACGAAACUGAAGGUAUCGAGUUUAUAGCCAUUGAUGUUCUGAAAUGGAGAUUGUGUAGUAACCAAGAAUCAUCCUUGAUCUCAUCUGAAGGUGAUCAUGUUUUAAGUUCUCAAGAGGCAACCUUGCACAAUUUCCCAGAACUAGGUGCAGCAGCUCUUCUGGUUGGUGAUAUGGAAGCAAAAAUGAAGGGUCAACCGUGGAAGAAUUUUGGAACUACUGAUAUGCCUUACCUAGAUCAACUAUUGCAGCCUUCAUUGCUUACUACAGUUACUAACUCUGCUUCUGCCCGUGCCCAUUUGAGAGCAAUAACAGCAUUUAAACGCACUAAGUCAGGCCCUAAUCAGAUAUGGGAAGAUUCACCCCCUUUGAACACAUUUCGUCCAAGGGCUCGACCACUUUUCCAGUAUCGUCACUACAGCCAGCAACAACCUUUGCGAUUAAAUCCGGCUGAAGUGUGCGAGCUAAUUGCUGUUGUUUCUGCUGAGACACAACCUCCAAAUCCCAGGGCUACAACGGUCUCAUCUAAAUUAAGUAAAAACAGUGGAAAGCCAUCAAUGGAUGUGGCAGUGAGCGUUCUCAUCAAACUUGUGAUUGACAUGUAUGUAUUGGAUUCUGCUACUGCUGCUCCGCUUACUUUAUCCAUGCUUGAGGAAAUGCUUACCUCUCCUAAACCAUCAUCAAGGUGUCGUGCUUUUGAUUUGAUCUUAAAUCUUGGGGUUCAUGCGCAUCUCUUGGAGCCAAUGAUACUUGAUGAUAAUAAUACCAUUGAGGAAGAGUAUUCUCAAGAAUCUUAUUAUGAAGAUACAACUCAACAGACUGAUCAGGGAAACAGAGCACCAGAGUAUUCUAAUAUUGAGGCUUCUUUGGCUAUUUCAAAAUUUGAGAUUUGGAUCUUGGGCAUUCUGUAUGAGAUUCUUCUUCAUCUAAUCCAGAGACAAGAGAAGGAAGAAUCUGUUUGGGCAUCUGCCUUGAGUUGUUUGCUUUAUUUUGUUUGUGACAGAGGCAAAAUCAAGAGGAAGAAAUUAGAAGGUCUUGACAUAAGAGUGGUUAAGGUGCUGAUAGAACUCAGUAGAAGAUAUUCCUGGGCAGAUUUAGUCCGCAGCAAACUUAUUGGCAUACUAGCAAAUAUGUUUUAUGAAGCUUCGUCAACAACACCAAAGUUUAUUGUGGAGCAGGUUGAUUUGAUUGGAGGAAUUGAAUUUGUCUUUCUUGAGUUGAUGCUUUCAAAUUCAUUGGAUGAAAGGAGGAACCUCUAUGUGGUGCUUUUUGACUAUGUUUUGCAUCUAAUUAAUGCAACAUGCAUAGCUGCUGGCAUAUCAGACUACACAGACGAGGAGAUCCUUUCUAUCGCUACUUUGCUUACACUUGUAGAUGCACCUGAAGCUUUUUAUAUAUCUGUCAAGCUUGGUGUUGAAGGAAUUGGUCAGCUUUUAAGACGGUCUGUCUCUGCGUCAUUGUCCACAUAUCCUAACAGUGAGCGGUUGAACAUGCUUUUGGAGAAGGUUACUGAUAAAUUUGAUGCAUAUAUUACUUCAUUCACACAUUUGGACAAAGAAUUCACGGAGAUGAUACAAAUAACUAAAUCUUACAAGUCCAUGCUAAGCAUUGAAGAUGGUCCACUAGGACACAGUAUUGGUAUGAGAUUGAAGCUGUCUUGGGCAACAUUGCACUCUCUUCUUCAUUCAGAAAGACUUGUUUGUCGCCAGCAUGGUUAUGUGUGGUUGGGGGACAUACUGAUGGCUGAAAUAAGUGAAGAAAGAGAUGCAACAUUUUUUUCAAAUAUUAGAAACUUGCAGCAGAACAUUGCCCUUGCUGGUAUUAAUGACUAUUCAGAUGACUCAGAUGUUCCUCUACCAGUUUGGCUCAUGUGUGGGCUAUUGAAAUCGAAAAGCAGUGUCAUCAGAUGGGGCUUUCUGUUUGUUCUAGAAAGGCUGCUUAUGCGCUGCAAAUUUUUGUUAGAUGAGAGCGAGCUACCACAUUCAUCUCGCAGUGAUGCUGCUAUAGACCAAAACAAUAUUCGUCUUCAGAAAGCCAAUGCAGUAAUAGAUAUUAUGAGCACUGCUUUGUCUUUGGUGGCCCAAAUAAAUGAGACAGACCGUAUUAACAUAUUGAAGAUGUGUGAUAUCUUGUUCUCCCAAUUGUGCCUAAAAGUUCUUCCUGCAACACCGUCAUCUUAUAAAGGUGCAAUACAUGAAGAUAAGGCUUUGGGCAGAACAGAUGGAAUUAGAAGGGACACCAUGGAACGAGCACCCCAUAUGGGUAAUAGCUCAUGGGAAGAACCAAUGGAAGAUAUGAAGUGCAAAUUUGUCCAAAAUGAUGUUACAGUAUGCGGGACAGCCUCAAUGGCUGCAUUGCUUCUCAGAGGACAAGCUAUUGUUCCAAUGCAGUUGAUUGCUCGUGUUCCAGCUGCAUUAUUUUAUUGGCCUUUGAUUCAACUUGCUGGUGCUGCUACUGAUAACAUUGCAUUGGGUGUUUCUGUUGGGAGCAAAGGAAGGGGAAAUUUACCAGGUGCCACUUCAGAUAUUAGAGCUACUCUUUUGUUGCUUUUAAUUGGGAAAUGCACUGCAGAUCCUGCAGCAUUUCAAGAAGUUGGUCGGACAGAGUUCUUCAGAGAGCUUCUAGAUGAUACAGACUCCAGGGUAGCAUAUUAUUCUUCAACAUUUCUUUUGAAGAGAAUGAUGACAGAAGAACCUGAAAAUUACCAGCGGAUGCUUCAAAGUCUUGUUUACAAAGCGCAACAGAGUAACAAUGAAAAGCUUCUGGAGAAUCCAUAUCUUCAGAUGCAUGGCAUACUUCAACUGUCAAAUGAAUAACGAGUGAAUUAUCUGGCCAGUUUUUAGUUUGCCAGCAGCUUUCAAGAAGUUGAAUAUUUGUUAUUGCUGAUACCCUUGAAACGGUUGAAUCAUAUCAAUGACUUUCUCUGUGUUGGAUGACAAUAUUACAGUGCCAGAUAAUAAGCCCGCACAGGGUAGCAUCAGAUAUUUACUCUGUUGCUUCUCUAUGGUAACUGACUAAAUGUGCUUUAAAGAAAUUUCCUGCAUGUAACCUAGGAGAUAUUUGGGAUGGAAGCAAAAUACCCAACAGAACUUGUACUUUGUAAAUUGAAGAAUUAACCUGUGAAUCAAGACUCGGACGCGGACUGCCCUUCUGGAGGAAGUAGAGAUUUGAAAACUUAUCUUGGGCCAAUAUCCAUGAUAAGGACAGGCUUCCUGUUUUCCAACUUCAGGAAGCCAUCAAUUCAAUUUUUAUUCCAAUUCAGUCUAUUUAAAACUACUUUGGAGCUUCCCUCACCAGGAGCAGCAAUCAACGUCGAGGUGCAUGCCUGCAUUUAUAAGGCAUGUUCCGGUUUUCCUAUCAUAGUUUUGAAUAUAGUUUACAGUUCAUUCAGUUUUGUAAACUUCGUUAUCUCUGUUGUUACCUUGAUUGAUCUCUUUUCUUCUUCUUUUUUUUCCAAAUUUUAUGUUGGAGGAUGGUUUAUUAUUGCCUUGUUAUGUAAAUUUCUGUUGUAAAACUAGUCUUGACAAAUAAUAUACAGCUUCAGUGUAUAUAAUUUUUUUUUU